AUGGGUAGCUCAAAAGAUUCGAUUUCUUGGAGCACUCUCAUGAAUGGAUAUGCCCAAAUUUCGGAGACGGGUAUGGUGGUGGAUUUGUUUUGUGGAAUGAGGAGGUGCGGAGUUGUGACCAAUCCUGCCACCAUCGUCUGUCUGUUGUCUGUGGUGGAGCCCGGCGAAGGGGAGGCGAUACAUGGGUUUUGUGUGAAGAGUGGGAUUUUGUUGUAUUUGAAUGCGGUGACCGCGAUUGCUUCGAUGUAUGUCAGAUUUGAGCGUGUGGAGGAUGCGAGGGUGGUGUUUGAUGAGACCCCGAGGAGAGAUGCGGUGACCUAUAACUGCAUUGUUGAUGGGUAUGCAAAGAGAGGGGAUUUUGACGAGUGCUUGAGAUUGUUGAGAUUGAUGAGGCAUGAGAGGGUGAGGAUGAAUUCAUCGACGUUUGUAGGGUUGCUCGCAGCUUGUGCUUCGUCUGGAGCUCUGGCGGUCGGACAUAAGGUCAUUGAGAUUGUUAGAGCGGAGAAUCUAGACCUCGAUACUUCUUUAGGAACGGCGAUUUUAGACAUGUAUGUGAAAUGUGGGUAUAUAAAUGAAUCUAUUGAAGUUUUCAACAAGAUGAACAACAGAGACGUGAUGGCCUGGACGGCCAUGAUCAUGGGAUUGGGAAUCCAUGGAAGAGCUCAAGAUGCUCUUGACUUGUUUCGUGAAAUGGAGGAAGAAGGUUUAACGCCUAAUGAAGUUACAUUCUUGGCAGUCUUGAAUGCUUGUAGCCAUGGAGGAAUGACAGAUUUAAGCAAGGAAUUCUUGAAGAAAAUGAUUAUAGAUUAUAAAAUCACUCCUAGUAUCAAGCAUUAUGGAUGUGUGAUUGAUUCAUUAGCGAGAGCUGGAUUGUUAGAGGAAGCAUAUGAGCUUAUAAAUAACUUGCCUUUGGAAGGAGAUGCAAUGGCUUGGAGAGCUUUGCUUGCAGCUUGUAGGGUUCAUGGAGAGGUGAGGAUUGGACAAAUUGCAAGGGGGGCUCUGAUGGAUUUGGGGGAUUUGCAUCCAACAGAUUCGAUUCUUUUGUCGAGGACUUACGCUUCGUCGGAGAAGUGGGAGGAUGUUGGAAGGAUGAGGGAGAUGGAGGUAGAGAAGAUGAAGAGGAUGGAGAAGAAGGAAGCAGGGUGCAGUUUGAUUGAGAUGAGUAGAUAA